ACUCCGAUAUAAAGUGUUUUUUUUCUCAAAGUUGGCGGGUUGUCACUUAUCCUACUUAUAUCAGUAUACUCGUAAGAACCUAAACAUUACGAAACUUUUAUUCGAUUAAAUAAGCCACAAGUAACAAAUAAACCAUUCAAUUGUGUUUAAUUAACCAAACGCGACACUCAUUGAUCUCCAUACAAAAACUCGCCGCUUGUUGAGCGGAGGAAAAAAGUGAACCUGGAGAAGACAGAUUUUGGGCCCAGUUAUCCCCCUCGCUUCGCGUCUUCCCCCGUUAUUUCUAAAAACAACGAAUAUUACAUUACUUUUGGUAUGCGACGGUAAACUUCCACACUAUUUAUCUACUGUCAGUGCUUAUCGAUUUACGUGACUGAAAUACAUUAUAUUUUCUUAUAUACACUUAUUACCGUAUUUAGGAUCUUGUUUAAAUGUUUGACAAGUGCGGUAGUUCCACGCAUGCGUAACUCCAACUUCCUGUUCCAACAAAACACCGAUGUCCUGCAACUGUGUGGACUGGGUCUUUACAUUGGUUUUGUUAUUAUUGUAAAAUAGACACGUUUACGAUCAUCUGUCGUAUAUAAAAAUGGUUAGAGAUAUAAUAAUACAUUGCUGAGGACGCUGACAACAUUUUCUGGUGUAUAGUUCUCUCUCUUUACUUCUGUAUUUGAGAAUCUGAUGUAGCUAGCGACUGUAACUGGUUGUACAUUAUUUCACUACCAUGUCGGCCAAAGUUAGAGCGGGGGACAGCAAAGACAACGGAGAAAUCAUUAGAAACUACCAUAAACGAGCAUUUGAAUACAUAUCCGUGGCACUAAAGAUCGACGAAGAUGACAAAGGUGUCAAGGAGGAGGCAAUCCAGUGGUAUCAGAAAGGCAUUGCAGAGCUUCAAAGGGGGAUUGCUAUUGAAGUCACAGGACAAGGAGAACAUAGUGAUCGUUCAAAGAGGCUUCAAACUAAGAUGAUCAGCAAUCUCACCAUGGCAAAGGACCGACUCGCUCUUCUAGAAGGUGCAUCAGCUUCUAAAACAAGACACAGCCCUCAGAGUCCACCAGGCCAUCUCCCUAGCCCUCCAGUGAGGCCUUCUGGUCCAAAGAACAAGCCAGGUCCAGGUGGUUCUAUGUCCAGUCACAGCAAGCCAGCAAGCACUGGCUCAAGCAGGACCAACAAUAUCAAGGUUGUCCCUCGGGCUGCAGGAAGAGGACAGAAUGGUAGACCAGCAGCAUCAGCAUCGAAGGAACCACAGAAGAGGGACAUGAAGAACUUUAAGAAUGUGGACAGCAAACUGGCCAGCUUCAUACUGAAUGAAAUCGUAGACGGCGGGUCGUCAGUGAGCUUUGAAGACAUAGCGGGUCAGGAGCUGGCUAAACAAGCUCUUCAGGAGAUAGUCAUCCUACCUGCACUCAGACCUGAGCUGUUCACUGGUCUCAGAUCCCCUGCACGAGGUCUGCUCCUCUUUGGUCCCCCAGGCAACGGAAAGACCAUGCUGGCCAAAGCAGUUGCCAUGGAGUCCCACGCCACCUUCUUUAACAUCAGUGCUUCCAGUCUGACUUCUAAAUGGGUGGGAGAGGGAGAGAAGCUGGUCAGAGCUCUGUUUGCUGUGGCCAGAGAAGUACAGCCAGCCAUCAUCUUCAUUGAUGAGAUCGACAGCCUGCUCUGUGAGAGAAGGGAGGGAGAACACGAUGCCAGCCGCCGGUUAAAAACAGAGUUUCUCAUACAGUUUGAUGGGGUGCAGUCAGAAGGGGCAGAGAGGGUUCUGGUGAUGGGCGCUACAAACAGACCACAGGAGCUGGACGAAGCUGUGCUCAGGCGAUUUGUCAAAAGGGUUCAUGUAACCUUACCAACAGAGGAGACGCGUUUCAAGUUGCUGAAGAAUCUACUGGGAAAGCAUGGACACCCACUCAACCAGAAGGAAUUAGCCCAUCUAGCAAAAAUGACGGGGGGCUAUUCAGGAAGUGAUCUUACGUCGUUGGCUAAGGAUGCUGCGCUUGGACCAAUCAGGGAACUUGGACCAGAGCAAGUGAAAAACAUGGCUGCUAGUGAUAUGCGUAACAUCCGCUGCAAGGACUUUGAGGAUUCUCUGAAGCGUAUUAAGCCCAGUGUCAGUCCCACAACCCUGGACCUCUAUGUACGAUGGAACACUGACUACGGAGACACUACAGCCUUCUAGAACCAUGGAACUAACUCAUUUCCCAGCUAGCACAUAACGUUCUGAGAACCAUUUGUUUCUUAGAGCGUGGUUGUCCUAUGGUUAUUUUGCCUUAAAACUUUUUCACAACUUUCUGGGAAUGGUACAGGGAGUCGUUUGGCUUUGGAACAUUCUCAGUACAUUUUAAGGGUAUUUCAAUGCUUUAACCAGAAGAUUUCCUAAAAGUUCAAACGUUCUGGGAACGUUCUCCAGCUGGUUUGACGUUGGGAAUGUUCUCAAAUAGUUCAGAGAAUGCUAAGAAACAACGUUCUUCUGUGGGAAUUUCAGUACUUUAAACAAAACGUUUCCUACAGAUUGCCUCGUGGUUCUAUUUAAAUUCAUGUGAAAAAAAUAAAAAUAAUUAUAAUAAUAAUAAUUUGAGAGUGUUAAAACGUUCUAUAAAAAAAAACACAAGACAACUUUAACGUUCACAGAACGUUCUAAGAAUGUUAUUAUUAAAACAUACUGUUCUCAGCGUCAACAAAACUCUCUCUAUCCUCUAUCUUGUUAAGUGUGUUCAGGUGUGUUGGCCGCGCCCACUAAUUGGCCAUAGCUCAGGGGUGUCAAACUCAUUCCACAGAGGGCCUAGUGUCUGCAGGUUUUUGUUUUUUCCUUUCAAUAAAGCCCUAGACAACCAGGUGUGGGGAGUUCCUAACUAAUUAGUGAUGUUAAUUAAUCAAUCAAGUACAAGGGAGGAGCGAAAACCCGCAGACACUCGGCCCCCCGUGGAAUGAGUUUGACACCUGUGCCAUAGCUGAUCUUAAUGCAGGGGUGUCAAACUCAUUCCACGGAGGGCCUAGUGUCUGCAGGUUUUUGGUUUUUCCUUUCAAUAAAGCCCUAGACAACCAGGUGUGGGGAGUUCCUAACUAAUUAGUGAUGUUAAUUCAUCAAUCAAGUACAAGGGAGGAGCGAAAACCCGCAGACACUCGGCCCUCCGUGGAAUGAGUUUGACACCUGUGUCUUAAUGAGUCCGUGUUUCCUUUGAAAUGGGGUCUGUUUUUAAAUAAACUAAAAUGAACAGCUUCGUAUUAGUUAUAAAACAUGGCAUGCUAGCUCCAUCCUGUUGGUGCAGUGGACUAAUUCCACGGAUAGAGAACAGAAGAUUAUAGGUUUGAAUCUCACUGAUGCCGUGUCACAAUAUAAAAUAAAUGUGUUUUGGAUGAUUUAACGCCUAAGCAAAUUCAUUGUCCAUGUGUCUUAUCUGUGCUGGGAGUUCCAAACAGUUAACCUAAGCGAGCAGUGUUAUUAAAAGUCUUAUAGAAAUAUUCAGUGAACGUUUUAAGGAAGUUUUUCAGAAACCUCCAUAUAACUUAUACAUUUCCAUUUUCACAGCACUAAUAAAAACCUCCCGGGAAAGCUGUGCCGAAUACAACAAGUAUAGACUUUACCAUUAAAUGCUUUACUUACGAGCCCUUUCCCAACAAUACAGUUAAAAAUACAACUAACAAAUAGAAGAAAAAUAAAAUAGUGAAAAUAAAAUAAAAACAUUUAAAAAAUAAAAAAUUUAAAUUAUCAAGGAAUCAGAGUAAAACGUUCUCAGAACCUCCCUGCAACCUAAAAAUGAACCCAGAACAGUCGACGUUUUCACUUCUUCUAUUCUCAGAACGUUUAAAAAAAAAUAAACAUACAUUUUUACCGCUCGGGAAGCAUAUGGCUUCGUUCUCACAACCAAUGUGAAACCUAAACCGUAUGUUCCCGUAACUUCCAACGAACCAAAUUUGCUAGCUGGGUUAGUUCCAUCGGAGACGUGAUGGAACCAGGGAUGUGUUCAUUAGUGCACACCAUAGUCUCUCCCAGUUUCAGCGUUUGCGUCAGUUUUGAGGGAGGGAGAUAGAGAAACAUAGAGUAGACCAUCACUGUAGAAUUUGAUUAAUUGCAAAUUUAGAAAAUUGCAUAGAGACAGGAAUUGCAUUCUGAUUUGUUGAUAUUGUUGUAUUGACAGCUUUGAGAGUUGAAAUUAUACUACUGUGUAUAUAGCUACUGCAUAAAGACAGGACUUUAGCCCCCCUGCCCAGACUCCCAUAUUGCCUCCUCAAGGUGUUGAAAGCGUUCCACAGGGAAGCUGGCCCAUGUUGACUCCAAUGCUUCCCACAGUUGUGUCAAGUUGGCUGGCUGGGUGGUGGACCAUUCUUGAUACACACUGGACACUAUUGAGUGUUGAAAAACCCAGCAGCGUUGCAGUUUUUGUCACAAACCGGUGCGCCUGGCACCUACUACCAUACCCCGUUCAAAGGCAAUUAACUAAACCUGUCUUGCCCAUUCACCCUCUGAAUGGCACACAUACACAAUCCAUGUCUCAAGGCUUAAAAAUCUUUUAAUUUGUAUUUUUUUUAUCUGAUUUUAAAGUGGAUUUUGCAGGUGACAUCAGUAGGGGAUCACCCGGUCAGCCUGUCAUGGAAAGAGCAGUUGUGCUUAAUGUUUUGUCCGUUCAGUGUACACGUCACCAACCACAGCUAGUGAAAUCCCUGCAACUCUAAACAAAUAGUUUUUUUAGAAUGGAUGGCUAGUAAUAAACUAGUCCUGAACAUCUCUAAAAACUAAGAGUAUUGUAUUUGGUACAAAUCAUUCUUCGCAAGUUCUAGACCUCCGCUGAAUCUGGCAAUGAAUGGUGUGGUUGUUGAGGAGACUUAACUUCUUGCGAUUGCCUUUUUAAACCAGGGAUCAUCAACUAGAUUCAACCGUGGGCCAACACAGCGCCUCUCCCUCUCUGACCUAGUCAUCUAGUUAAGUCAACUGUUCAGUACGUGUAUUAAUGUAUGCAUGUAAGUCUGUCUAUGUUAAUGUGUUUACAGACUAAAAAUACUUUACAAUUUUAAUGUAUUUUUUGUUAUUUGUCGAAAACCCAGGAAGACUAGCUGUCGCUAUUAACGGGGAUCCCAAUAAAACGUAUAAAUGGAUAAUAAAGUUGCAAUCUGAUCCAUA